AUGAAUGCAAAUGAUGAGCAAGUAAAUCUAGCUUUACAUCAGGAUAACUAUUCUUUAUCAGCAAAAACAAAACGAUCCAGAAUUACAAGAGCAUAUAAUACACAUCAAUGUAAUACUUGUAAACAGUAUGGCUGGGAAUGUACCUUUAAUGAUGUGACCAAAAAAAGAGGUCCUCCAAAAGGUUAUAUUGAAAGUCUCGAAAAUCGUCUUAGAAAAAUGGAAGAAUUAAUAGAAAAAAUUCAACCUGAAACUAACCCAGCAACAAAACAAGUUAUUCAGGAUAAAGUUAUAAAGUUACCUUUGAAACAAAAGAUAUUAACAAUGCCGCCCAAAUCGGAUGAAUACAAUAGUAAAGUAGCAACUUAUCUUGGCAGUUCAUCGGGUUAUUAUCUGGUUAAAAAUAUUCUUUCUUCUACAAAUGAAAAUGAGGAACCGUUACCAUUAAAUAGAAGGGAUUCUACAUAUGUAAUAGAUGAUGGAGUUAUAGGCCCUGUAAAAUUCCGUAAAAUUAACGUUGUAGAUGAUGAUAUCAUGUUUGUUCGCGAUAAAACUCUUGAUGAACGUGUAAAUCAAUUAGAGUCAGAUAAGUUAAAUUUGGACCCAAAUAUAGCACCUCAACCUUUAGUAAAAGAAUUGAUUAUGAAAUAUUUUCAAAUGGAUCAUGCUAUUUUACCUAUUGUCGACGAAGAACCUUUUAUGAAUGCCUUUGAAGGCAGAAUACAACCUCCUCCUCCUUCUAUUCUUAUAUAUGCUAUCUGCAUUCAUACUUGUAUUUCAUUGUCUAUAGAUGAUCCUAUAUUUAAAUUUUUUAAUGUAGAUAGAAAUGAAUUAUUUCAAACUCUAGUAGAUCAUAUUACAAGUUUAGUAAAGAAAGAAUAUUUUAUACCAAGACGUACAACUAUUCAAGCUCUUAUCUUGUUAUGUACUAUACCAGCUUGUGACAAACUAUUAUGUAAACAUUGGAUAAGAUCAGGGAUGGCUGUUAGAAUGGCUCAAGGACUUGGAUUUCAUAGAACAGUUGAAAAAUUACCAUUUACAGAAGACAUGUUAGAAGCUCGUAAACGACUAUGGUAUUGUGUUUAUGUAACUGAUAGAUGGACAUGUGCUGUAUUAGGUAGACCAUUAGCUAUAGCAGAUGCGGAUUGUGAUAUUGAAUUACCUCAUAUAAAAGGUGGCUCACAUGGCAAUAAGGAUUAUUCUAUUUUUAUACAUUUUAUUAAACUUUCCAGUAUUCUUGGUGAAAUAUUACGAAGAAUUUAUUCACCUAAAGCCAAGUCUCAAGGUUAUAAAAGCACAUCUUUUUAUUAUACUGUACAAAAUAUUCAAUCGAUGCUAAAUAAUUGGCUACAACAAGAGAUACCUGAUCAUCAUCGUUUUACUUCAAAAGAAGUAGAAACACUUUAUAAUAACAAGAUCAUGUCAAACAAAAUACGAGAGGCUGGUCCUUUAAUGAUAACUUAUUAUGCUGUAACUAUCUUACUUUAUCGUGUAUUUUUAGUAGUUGAUAAGAAAGAUGUAUUACCCGUACUUCUUGAUGAGGCUAAUAAACGUUGUAUUGAAUCUGCAAAGAUGAUUAUUGAUAUUGCAAGGCUUCUUUCAUCUGAUGAUAUUAUUCGUUUUGGUUGGAAUCUUUCACUCUAUUCUAUAACUCAGGCAUGUCUUAUUCAUAUUUAUAAUUGUACUAGUAAUUCCUCUGAGGUUGUAAAUUUAUCAAGAGAAUAUGUGAAAAUUUGUAUAAAAGAAUGUUUAGAGCCAAUGACUGCUGGAGUAGCUAAUGCACCUCAAUAUUUUGUACCCUUAAUACAAGUAUUAAUGCAACUUAUUGGAGCUAAUGACACUAUAAAUGAUAAUCCCGUAAUGAAUAAUAACAUACCUAAUUAUACAAUGACUAGUACAAAGUCUCCAUCUUCUACUACUAAUUUACUACCUGACAAUUAUACUCAACACUAUACAUCACCUAUGAGUGUUCAUGCUAUCAUUUGUGAUGAUACUACACAGCAGCAACAAAGCAGUAAUAGCCAACAAGUAGAAGAAGGUCGCUUUCCUAUAAUGGAACAAAGUAAUAAUAUGCCAGCUCCUACUUCAACUGUAUGGCAAACAUUAUUUUCUUCCGCUGCAACACCCUUUUUUCAUAAUGACUCUGAUUGGCAAAACGUGCUUCCAUUCCUUUUUGAUGAUAAUACAACGAAACAAACUAAUACCUUUAUGUAA